AUUUCACAUUGAAAACAUUUGCUCAAGUUUAUUUACUCUACACAUGACGUAUCGGAGAUAACAUGUUCUUAAAUAAAUUUAAAAUAAAUUCAUCAAGUAAUAAAUUCUGCACAUUUUAAAAAAAUUAAUUACCAAUGGACAAGGUAGAAUUUUUAAUAUGUAUAGCAGCUAUAUUUAUUUCUGCUUGUUUAUGUACCGAUCAGAGUGGUAACAGAAGAUACUCAGAUAUUUUAAAUGUAGGUUUUCCAAGCCCAUCCAGUGUUCCCAGCAAAUCAAAUAUUGACCCAAUCAAUUUAAGCUACAGUGGAAAUCAAAUACUUACUACCUCAACCAGCCCGCGGAGCACAUUUAGCUAUAGCAAUGCACUCCGUGGUCAGACCACUCAACGCCCCUUUAAUACAAACACAAAUAUACCAAAUAAUGACCGAUUUUGGCCUCAACUACCCCAAAGAGGACCACAAUCCGGUGCCAAUACUCAAUUUACUUCUAGCGGUGUUUCAAAUAUAAAUCCAAGUCAAAUAAAUACUCACAAUCAAAAUGUAAGACCACAGAGUGCAAAUAAUAAUAGACCAUUCAGUUACAGUAGUAUUGUGGGUGCAUCUAAUAAUAAUCCUGCCCAAUCUGUUACUCCCUCAACGACUAAUACUCUUGCAGUUCGAACAAACAGCCCUCCUAAACAGAUCGACACAAAAUCUGAACCAACAACACAGCCUGAAAUAGCAACUGAGGCUGAAAUUCAAGAAAUAAGUGAAGCAUUGCUAAGAAAAGAUACUAAUAAUGCAGCUAAAUACAUAACUGUAAAUUAUCAAGGACGGACUACAUCAGGUGCAAGAACUGAUGAAGCUCCCUUACCAUUGCUUGUUGUGAAUCAGUCUGCUUUUGAUAUUAAAACUAUAGCGCUUAUGAAACCAUUAUUUAAUAAUUAUGAACUAGAUACUGCAGUAAAUGAACAUGUAACUGCACAAGAAAGAAAUGAAGAAAAUGCUUUGUUAGAUGCAAUGUUAUCCACUAGCCUGAUGCGGCAUCUUAUGAAUUUUUUUAUUGAAAAGGGAAUUGUGACUAGAGAUCCCCAAACUCAUAAGGACUUAUUGAAAACGAUUUGGUUUAAUUUAUACUCCAGAGGAGGUGGCAAAAUCGGUAGUUCAGCAUUUGAGCAUGUUUUCUUAGCUGAAUUAAAAAAUGGUGAAGUAACAGGUCUACAUAAUUGGGUUUAUUUCGAGGAAGAGGAAAGGGCUAAUCAUAUCAAUUACAUGGGGUAUACGAAAAAAAUUGAGUUAGGAGAGAAGGGUGCUGUGAUCAAAUUGAGGUUUACUCUUAAUGGUGUUCAUAAGCCUGUAAAUUCAAUAUUUAUUGGUACAUCUCCUGAGUUUGAAAUAGCGCUUUACACAUUAUGUUUCAUGACCAAAGCUGACAAAGCAUGCAAUGUUUCAUUGAAUGGUCAGAAAGUUAAUAUACGAACAUAUACUUUUCGCUAUAGGGGGAAAAAAAUGAUUGGAAGUGCCUUUCCUGAAAUUUGAA